UGCUUUUCCUUUGUCGUCGUAGGAUGGAGCGUAUGUUAUGCUCGUCGUCCUGGUUCUCGCCCUGCACGGCCAGGAACUGCUUCCUCGUCCAGCCUUGGCGCCAUUUGGGAAAGACGUCAACUCGUUCCGUAGGCUUCGCCGAGUCUGUCAUCGAGUCGAGGCUGGAGCCUGCGGGGUGAGCCGGCCUCUUGAUACAACGAACCCUCAAUGGUCAAGGGAUAUACAAAGCACCUUUGGUCCACGCACCAUAACUCGCAGCCUUGCCCAAGGAGGGCAGCGAUAGAUAUUCCUGGGCAUAUGGGGACAUCAGCAGUAGUUCGAAUCCGGGAGGGAAAAUGUGACUUACGGCCAAACCUGCUGGGUGGACAUCAUGCAGUGCAACCGAUCUGCAGGGCUGAUGCCCACCCUAACACAGGAAAGGGGUAUGACCAACGGACGCUCGCGCCCGUGGAAGCAUGGUACAUACCGGCGCCGUUGGAGCGCCCCGAUGGAGUGCCUCUCUCCCAAUGCAAUCAGAGACGGACCGCUCGACACCUGGAAAGAAAAAUUGCACAAAUAAGCUUAGAGAGAACAUGGCUAACUAAGGGCAUGGCGCGUACGGCUUGUGCGCCGAGGCGAUGUCUUUAUCACUCCUAUUGGAAAUGUGGCCCGGAGUCAGUGUGUCCACAGCAUGUUGUACGCGAAUGCCUCCAGAGUCGGAGCCAGCAGAGCCGAGCAUAACAAGACAAUCCUACGAUUCAACGCCACGUGG